AUGGGCGACCCUAACACCGCCGCCUCACACGCAGAGGAGUCUGCUUCAGUGCUUCGCGCUUUCCUGCUGCUGCUCUGUGCGCUCGCCGCCGCCGCCGCACACCUGGCGUCCGUGGCGGAAUUCAACCCCGCUCUUGCCACUCUUGCCGCAAACCCCGACGACAUCCUUCUCGCCACGGGGAAGGCGCUCGCAGAUAAGACAAGCGAUGACGCGGAUGUGCUUUUAACGAACCGCGCUCUUGCGGAGGAAGGCGAGGCGUCGGCCCAUGAUGGCGCUGUUCGUGUGCUAGCCGAGGACAACCUGCUCUCCCUGCUCGCGGAGGGCGCUGCGGAUGCUGACGUGGCGGACACGCGCAGGAGCCUGAAGAAGAAGGGGAAGAAGUGCAAGAAGGGGAAGAAGGGCAAGAAAUGCAAGAAGGGAAAGAAGGGGAAGAAGGGGAAGAAGGGCGAAAGCGCGGCAGCAACACCUGGUGGGGCCGCACCUGAUGGGGCCGCACCUGGUGCAGAGCCCCCUGUCGACGCUGGCGGCGAGGAGGCGGGCCCUGAUGGCGUGGCUGCUCGCAGCAUGGCGGAGACCGACCUGUUCUCCCCGCUGGAGGAGGGGGCUGAGGAUGCUGGUGCUGACGUGGCGGACACGCGGAGGAGUCUCAAAAAGAAUGGCAAGAAGUGCAAGAAGGGCAAGAAGGGGAAGAAAUGCAAGAAGGGGAGGAAGGGCAAGUGA